AUGGCCGCAACAAACGUAAGCCUGAAGCUUUUCAUUGACAAAAGGAGGCAACAAGUGCUUUAUGCUGAAGCAGACAAAAAAUUUGUUGAUUUCCUAUUAAGCUUUUUUACUCUGCCCGUCGGAGCUGUCACGAGGCUUCUGUUAGAUGGAGGCAGCGUGGGAGGCUGCUUGCCAAGCCUCUACCAGAGCAUUAAAAAUCUGAGUGUUGCUUACAUACGACCAGACAAAAGCAAACUUUUUCUGCUAGAACCCAAAGUAGUCAUGCCUGGUGCUGAACUCCCUCUCCUAUUGCCAAACAUUGGCUCAACUUUUCGUCAGUUGUAUAGGUGUCCGAACGUAACCGGUACUUGUUUGAGUUUCGUGGCUAUUGACGAUAGCACGAUUUGUCCUUCGUGCAAUUCUAAGAUGGAGCGGAACGUAAAAUGCGUAGACCCACCAAGCGUAAUUAGGGCAGCCUCCUCAAGUGAGGAAGGUUACGUGAUAGGGAUGGUUAAGUACAUGGUGAUGGAUGAUCUGGAGGUGAUGGCCUUGUCCUCCGCUACUCUUGUCUCUCUGCUUACCAAGUCUAAUGUGAAAGAAAUAGGAGAUCUUGAAGAGAAAGUGGUUGAUGUGGGCAUGGAUGAGGGUGUGAAAUUGCUCAAAGCUUCUUUUCAAUCAAAGACUGUUUUGACUGACGUCUUCCUUCCGGCAGAGAUCAUUAAAACUGUCGACUCAAUUAAGAAUGAUAUGAUCAUCCAUCCAAAAACGGCUUCUCUUUAG